CGUUCGGCCAGGCCCUGAAAAGUCAAGAGUCCCAUCACGUUGACAAUUCGGUAUCCAAAUCGGGUUUAGCGGCUGAUCCGCUCGGUGUUCGAAUUUCGAAGGUUGAGUGACAGGCCUCCGUCAUUCCGUCCCAAUUGGCACAAGCACAAGUGGCCUUCCCGCUUCGCCCACCCAUAGAAGAAGGCUGAGUCUCUUAAGUUAAGUUAAAGCUUCAACUAAGACUUGCCGCCAUGCGACAGCGGACCACAUUCAUCCACAGGCCGGGUGAUGCCGUCGACCCGGCUCUUCUCCAGAUCUCCGCUGAUAGUCUUAGCGGACCUGUUAUCAAGGCAGCAAGAGAGGACCGGCUUACCCUUGCACUAGACGACUUGCCCAGCGAAUUGCAGACUCUAUUAAGGGACACACGCAAACUGCAUAUCAGAUGGGCCAGUUCACGUCUGUCCGAAUCAGUGAGCCCGUUGUUUUCGACGCUGCCGCCCGGAUUCCACCUAUUCUACUCUCCGCUGUCUAGCACGGGAAAAGACACCCAGACGCUUUGCGAGGCACUUAGUACGGCUUUUGGCGAUGUGGACUGCUCAUCACCAGAGGAGUCCUUCACAACCCUCCCUCAUGAACGCUCUUCGCGUUCAACCACCUUCCAGUACUUCCAGCCGCUAGAAAGCGUCUCUAAGUUUGCUCGCUAUGCCGUGAAGACGGCCUGCUCAGCGGCGGAUGAAUCUUGUGCUGCUCAAGUUGAGCGUCUCAGCAAAGCAUCGUCACUGGACAUCUCCUACGAUGCUAUCGUUGGGGACUUGAAGAUCACGGCCCGUUGGCCCUACCAAGCCCAAACCCUUCGCGUUCCAACGCAGCAGUACAGAACAGAGGUUGGCAUAUUAGCCGAAGACAAACCCCCGAACCUAGAGCCUCAGGAGCUUGGCUUAUCCGGUCUCCUUACUGUCCUUGGCCAGGACUCGGCCCCCUCGCCGACCCUGUUUUCCUUCCCGUCACGGCAUAGACAUGCCGAAGGGUCCUUUUCUGCCAAGUUCCUCAGUCCGACGGGCAUGCACCCAACCUUGCAGAUAACGCUCGAAUCCACUGAGCAACCCUCGAAGGAUUCGACUUGCUCACCGUACGCAUACUUGACCUUGCCUCGGAGCAUCUUCCCGGACAAGUAUCAGCUGGCGGAUGAUCUCCUUCUGGCUUCGAAGAACCUAACCGCGCUUCGCUAUGUAUCUCAACCAGUUGACUUGGAGGCCCCCGAAUACGCCAUGAAACUGUGGGGGUCGGCAAUCCUCCUCGAAUUGUCGCCUCCUACUGCGGAGAAACCCAAGCAGUGGUCGGUGGAGGUUCCGCUACACCUCCGCUACCUUGCGCCCUCUCAGGGCGGCUACCAAGACAUCGACAUUCCGUAUCCAGCCGUAUUCUGGGCCUGUGAAGCGGUGGAAGGCACACAGUUUGCCACUAAUCCGUUCGAUCAAGCCAGUUUGGGGUACGAUGGCUUCUUUGAACCCAGUACCGCUUUCUGGCAUGUUGACCCUCGCCCGAGCACUGGGGAGCAACUGAUCAAUAGGGUCACCGUCCCAGUCCUGGACCUCGACAAGUCUAAAUGGGUCAAUCGUGGCACUGCUGCUGCUAUUAUCAUAGGGUUUGCCUGGAUUGUCUGGAAACUCCUGCCCGGACUUGCAAGGCCGAACAAUAAGGGCGAAGCCGCGAGGCCAGCCAAUACCGAAAACAAGAAGAUGCGAUAGGCAUAUCUGAAAUUGGCCCGCAUUGUCGGCCAAAACAGCUGGGAUAUUCCUCAAGUUUGUACAGGAAACGGCGCAUGAGCAGCAUCUCUCAAAGGUGUGAUUAUCGAUGUCCCGCGGGAUGACUUGCCCCGCCCGUCAUGUAUGUUACCCGUUGCGGAAGAUUUUUGCUUUCGCAAGCUUAGAAUGGACUCAAUUGGAGGGUUUGCCAGGGGGUCGAGUUGUCCUUUGGACACA